AGUAAGUUUAGAGCAGUGGCUAGUAUUUCACUAGCUUUACGCAUAGCUCCUCAAAUGAACGAAUGUGAAACACUUUGCAAGGAAAGCGCUAUUCAUUUGGCAUUCGUUAUUAUUAUGUGUUGAUAUUUAACGACUACCAUGGAGGUUAAUACCACGCUACCAGGGCGCAACUUCAUAGACUUGCGCAUCUUAACGCAGAAACUUCUCUCUUCGGCGAACCGGUCUCAGACAUUUCUGGACAAUGAAACGGAGCACGUCUCCGAAGAGGAUUUGGACGUGAAUACAGACAUCUAUUCUAAAGUUUUCGUCACUGUGAUUUACGUGCUAUUGUUUGUAAUCGGGUGUUUGGGGAACUCGAUCACCCUGUACACACUUCUCACGAAAAAAUCUCUCCAAAACCUCCAGAGUACGGUGCACUAUCACCUGGCGAGCCUGGCCAUAUCCGACCUGCUCAUCUUGAUCCUCUGCAUGCCCAUCGAGUUAUACAACUUCAUCUGGGUUCAUCACCCGUGGGUUUUUGGGGAGGCUGUUUGUAAAGGGUACUACUUUCUGCGGGACGGCUGCUCGUAUGCGACGGCGUUCAAUAUCGCCAGCCUGAGCGUGGAGCGCUUCAUGGCCAUCUGCCACCCGUUCAAGGCGAAGAGUAUCAUGUCGCGGAGCCGCACCAAGAAACUCAUCAGCGCCAUGUGGAUCGCGUCUUUCCUCCUGGCUACUCCGAUUCUUUUCACCAUGGGACAGCGACUGAUGCAGGAUGAAUUUAUAUGCACCACAGUUGUGUCCCCGAUAACUGCUAAAACCGUUCUACAGGUGAAUGCCUUCCUGUCCUUUGUGGUUCCCAUGGCACUGAUCUCUGCAUUAAAUGGAGUCAUAGCCAGUCAGCUGCUGCGCAUGUUUCGGGAGUCUGCCCAGGACAAUCGCAUCUGUAUCAGCGGAGGCAACGCUACUAUGCUUAGUGUUGCUGUUGAACCCAACCGUGCCCAAUCAAUGCGCCAUGGAGUCAUGGUGCUGCGUGCCGUGGUCAUUGCUUUUGUGGUGUGCUGGUUGCCAUACCAUGCUCGAAGACUAAUGUACUGCUAUGUAACUGAAUGGACACCGUGA